GUGUCACAUUCCCAGGGGUUUAGUGAGGGCGGGACAGCGGGAAAGGGGGAGUUUCGGCGUGGCUCUGAACCCCCUUCUCUCCGCAGGCCGCUGCUGUGCCCGUGGGAUGAGCCGCCUGCCGCGCCGCGCGGUGCUGGCACUCAUGGGGCUGCUGUUCGCCCGGACCAUGGCCUGGACAUCCAGCGGGAAGACACACGCGGAGCUGGUCAACAACCUCUAUAAAAAAGGGAUCGUUAAGUCCCAGCGAGUCUUCGAUGUGCUGUUGGCCACGGACAGAGGUCACUACAUCAAGUAUUACCCGUACAUGGAUUCUCCUCAAUCCAUUGGCUACAAGGCCACGAUCAGCGCCCCACACAUGGGAAGGUUGUGGUGUCAUUUCCGACGCGCUGACUCGGGUUCCUGUGUUUCCCAGCUGCUGAAUGAGCUGAAGCCGGGCGGGAGGCUGAUCCUGCCCGUUGGGCCCGAGGAAGCCAACCAGGUCCUGAUGCAGUACGACAAAACCAGCGACGGGCACAUCGUGGAGACCCAGCUCAUGGGCGUCAUCUACGUCCCUCUGACUGACAAGGAAAAGCAGUGGCCUCGGGGUGAACUCUGACACAUGGAUGGAUAUCCCUAAAGGCACCUCAGAAAGCUCAUGAGUGGGACUUAGGCCUGUAGAUGGUCGGUAUGGUUUUGCUUUUUAACGGAAAUUUUAUCCAUGGAUAAAGGGAAGGGAAGCUCUGCUUCAGCAGAGCUCAUUCCGGAGGGAUGGAGAACAGGGGCAGGACCAGAGAAGGCUCUUGGAGGCCACGGCAGCUUCCAGGAAGUGGAUCCGGAUAACUCCAGCUAUCCUCUCUGAUAAACUACAGAUAACAUCAGAGAAUUCCAAAAGCAGGCAGGAAUACUUAAACCUUCACUAAAACAGUUUUAAUAUCGACUACUCUGCUUAAUGCUUGGUGAAAAGAAGUCACAAUUAUUGUCUCAGAGCAAUGAGACUGAUCUGUGUGUUUUUAAUUAUGGGAGGGUGUUCUCUUCUAGUCGUGCAUCCACUAAUUUAAUCUUGGGCAGCAACACUGAAUUUUGGGGUUAAGAAAAAA